AAGCAAGUCAAGCAAAAGCACUCAACGUCAUUGCUCUCCCGAGCAGUCGAGUCGUCGCUGAGGUUUGGAAAAAAAUUGCCAUUCCUUGAUUGACCCGACGAAUGAAAGAAAUCUCCUUCUCUUCCCUCUCUUCUUCUUCUCAUUUUCACACCCACUCGUUGCUUUUAAUUCUCCGUGUUGCUUUGCUUGAUUUCUUUCUUUAAUUAUGGCUUUGAAUUCAUAUGGUAUCAUAGUUUUUGUUCUCUUUUGAGGGUAGUCUUUCUCUUAAUUUAUCUGUCGAAAGGCCUAUUCUUCUUCACUGCUGCGAUUUUAGCUCGUUUCGAGCUUUCUUCGAUCUCUUCAGUUUGGGUUCUUGAAAUCUCAGGUUUUAUUGUUAUGAAGUUGAGCCGGAGUAAAUACAGUUUUUUUGGAGCUCUCAUGUGCAACAGAUAGCAAUUUGACGGUUUCUUUUAGCAAAAUUACAUGGCUACCUACGUGAAUAUGAUGUUGGGUAGACAUGUUCUUAAGGUUUUACUUAGCUAUGGUCUCUGGUUGUUGCUUAGCUGUAGUUUGAGCGAUGGUACUGAGACUGAUAUCGCUUGCUUGAGGAAUAUAAAAGAUUCGCUUGAAGACCCUUUUAGUUACUUGAAGACUUCCUGGAACUUUAACAACAGUACUGAAGGAUACAUUUGUAGAUUUACUGGGGUUGACUGCUGGCACCCUGAUGAGAACAAGGUCUUAAAUCUCCGGCUUUCUGAUAUGGGUCUCAGGGGUCCGUUCCCUAUUGGAAUCCAGAAUUGCACGAGCAUAACUGGUGUUGAUUUUUCAGACAACAACCUCUUUGGACCUAUUCCAGAUAAUAUCUCUCAUAUCAUUAAGUAUGUGACAUCUCUUGAUCUCUCAUCCAACAAUUUUUCUGGAAGAAUUCCAGUGGAUCUUGCAAAUUGUAGCUAUUUGAAUAUUCUAAAACUGGACCAUAACCGGUUGUCAGAUCAAAUUCCUGCAGAACUUGGUUUGUUAGCUCGGAUUAAAACAUUUAGUGUAGCUAAUAAUCUUCUUACUGGACCAGUGCCAAGGUUCCAAAAUGCCUCCAUUUCGGUAGAUGAUUUUGCAAAUAAUAUUGGACUAUGUGGGGGGCUUUUGGACGCCUGCCCUGGAACUUCAAAGGGUCCUCGCACUGGUGUUAUUGCAGGGGCUGCAAUUGGUGGGGUGACUAUUGCUGCAUUAGCUGUGGGUAUUGCUAUGCUCUUCUACUACCGAAAGGUGUCUAAGAUGAAGAAGCAGAAGGUUGAUGAUCCUGAUGGAAAUAAAUGGGCAAAGAGUUUAAAGGGAAUAAAGGGCAUUAAGGUGUCUAUGUUUGAGAAAUCGGUUUCUAAAAUGAAAUUGAGUGAUCUUAUGAAGGCUACUAACAGUUUCAACAAAGAUAAUAUCAUUGGGUCAGGAAGAACAGGGACUAUGUAUAAAGCUGUGCUUGAGGAUGGCACUUUUCUAAUGGUUAAGAGAUUGCAGGAUUCUCAGCGUUCUGCAAAAGAAUUUACUUCUGAGAUGUCUACUCUGGGGAGUGUGAAACACCCUAACUUGGUUCCUCUUUUAGGUUUCUGCAUGGCAAAAAGGGAAAGGCUUUUGGUUUAUAAGUAUAUGCCAAAUGGUACCCUGCAUGAUAAUCUACACACUGUAGAUGAAGGUAAGGAGCCUAUGGCGUGGCCUCUAAGGCUCAAGAUUGGAAUAAGGGCAGCACGGGGAUUUGCAUGGCUCCAUCAUAACUGUAACCCCCGUAUCCUUCACCGAAACAUAAGCUCUAAAUGCAUCUUGCUGGACGCAGAUUUUGAGCCUCAAAUAUCUGAUUUUGGUCUUGCCAGGCUAAUGAAUCCCGUUGAUACUCAUUUGAGUACCUUUGUGAAUGGAGAAUUUGGGGAUUUGGGUUAUGUUGCUCCAGAAUAUACAAGGACUCUGGUGGCCACUCCAAAGGGUGAUGUUUACAGCUUUGGGACUGUGCUUCUGGAGCUGGUGACUGGUGAGAGACCUACCCAUGUGGCUAAAGCUCCCGAAAGUUUUAAGGGCAGUUUGGUUGAAUGGAUUACACAGCUGUCAAGCAACUCUCAACUUCAUGAUGCCAUAGACAAAUCUUUGGUUGGGAAUGGUGUUGAUAAUGAGAUUUUCCAGUUCCUUAAAGUUGCGUGUACUUGUAUAUUGGCAAAUCCCAAGGAGAGGCCAACUAUGUUUGAAGUAUACCAGCUUCUACGAGCUAUUGGGGAGAAAUACCAUUUUACCACUGAUGAUGAGAUUAUGAUGCCUUCAGACAAUGGUGAUGCUGAUUAUAUAGCGGAACUUAUUGUUGCUCAGGAAGUAUGAUGGGUAAUUGAAAAGGUCCUAGGUAGGUGAACUGGUGAAGUAUUUUUCCAUAAUUUAUAUGUAAUUAUCUGUUGUCCCCAGUUUUAAUAAAUGUCAAUAUUAUGUAUACCAUUAUAGUUCAUGUCAGUAUUGAGAAUUUGCUAUAAUGACAUCACUUUAUUUAGAUCAGUCGUCUAUUUUAAUUGUUUGUCUGUGAAUUGUGAUUCUCAGAUAGCUCUUGGGAGGUGUGGUAACUCCAUUACUGCUCUGGGAAUUUUUUGUUUUCUGUUUUGGCUACACUUAAGGGCAAAUGAAAUUCUAUGUGAUAUGCACAA